CUGGCCGCCAAUUUGACCGGCUCCCACAAGCUCAAGCCACUGGUGGUCGGGGGCCUUCGUGACCCCCCCAGCCUCCGCCAUCACAACCAGGACAAAUUCCCUGCUUGCUACCGCUACAGCCCCGAAGCCAGGUUGGGACCGGCCCUUCUCCGGGCUUGGUUCUUCGAGGACUUUGUGCCGGGUGUCAAACGCUACCUGCGCCGGAGCUGCCUGCAGCAGAAGGCCGUGCUGCUGCUCAGCUCUCCGCCACCCCCUUCUGGGACGGGCCCUGAGGAUUCACCCCCACUGCAGACGCCCGACGGCUCCAUCCGCGCACUCUUCCUCUCCAAGGGCCCAGCUGGGAGCAGCUCAGCUGGAGGGGGAGGCCGAAUCCCAGCCCCUCUGGAGCAGGGGGUGGUGUCUGCCUUCAAACAGCUCUACAAGCGGGAAUUGCUGCGCUUGGCGGUCUCGUGCGUGGCCGGUGGCAGUGGCUCCGGUGGUCCCAUGGACUUCGUGCGGUCCUUCCUCCUCAAGGACAUGUUGUACCUGGCCGGCCUUUCUUGGGAUCUCAUCCCCCCUGGCUCCAUUGAGAAAUGCUGGCUGCUGGGGCUGCGCGCCGCCUUCGAGCCCCAGCCUGGGGAGGAAGAGCAUGGAGAUGCUCCGCGUGGGGAAGAGGGCGGCGGGGACAGCAAAGUCUUUAGUGACCUGACCCACCUGGCCGCGUUGGCCUACAAGCGCCUGGCUCCCGAGGAAGUGGCCGACUGGUUGCACUUGGACGACGCGGCCCCGGGUACGGAGGAGGACGAUGGGGAGGAGGAUGCUGAGGAGGAAGGCGCUGGGGGCUGUGGGGCAGAGGAUGAGGAGGAGGAGGCAGCUGCUGGAGAUGGGGGUAGCAGAAGGGGUGGGGAAGGAGGGGACACCUUGCUGCCCACAGCUCGGGAAGCUAUCAGAGGUCUGGAGACGGCGCUGCGCUGGCUGGAGGGUCAGGAUCCCCGGCAAGUGGGGCCACUCAAGCUGGUGCAGCUCCGCUCCCUCAUCAGCAUGGCCCAGCGGCUGCCCCCCGGCGGCUGCGCCCACUCAUAA